AUGGCGCGUCGUCGCGGCCGCGUGGAGGUGCGGCGGAUCGAGGACCGGGUGAGCCGGCAGGUGCGCUUCUCCAAGCGCCGCUCGGGACUCUUCAAGAAGGCCUUCGAGCUCUCCCUCCUCUGCGACGCCGAGGUCGCGCUCCUCGUCUUCUCCCCCGCCGGCAAGCUCUACGAGUACGCCUCCGCCAGCAUAGAGGAUACAUAUAACCGCUAUCAGCAAUUUUCUGGAGAAGGAAGGAAUAUGAAUGACGAUCGAAAUAAAAACAAUAACAAGGAUGAAGCUUCUUCAGAUUUGCAGUUGAUGCUGAGCGAGAUUGCAGCCUGGUCUCCCCAGAGCAAUGCUGACGAAUCAGAUGUCAAUGAGCUGGAGAAGCUGGAAAAUCUUCUGAGAAAUGCUUUGAAGGAUACGAGAUCCAGGAAGUGCUAUGCUAAUUCCUACUUUGGUAUGGUGAUCAGAUGCAGAUGCUGGAGAAACAAAACAGUGGAGCGAGUACAAGCGGCCUGCAAAGCGAGGGCGCUACAAGUCAGGAGCAAGGAACGGCGGCCAAGAGAAAGCCAAUUAUUAAUUCCUACUCACCAUCACACAUUAGCUCAACCGCAACUCUUAUGGUGGGAGCAAGCAAGCGAUCUAGCAAAGGAGUUUGAAAGAGAAAAGGCAAAAGGGUUGAGCGUCAAGAAGGGAAUGUUAGAACUGGUUAUAGCUUUCAUGAAUCCAUUGGGCUUUUAUUAG